AUUGACUAAAUUUUCGUUAUGACGAUUGUGAUUCAUAGUUUUUCGGUAAAAUAUAUGCAUAGAGGUAUAUAAAUAGGUUGAAAGAUAUAAAAAACAAACUGCGAUGUUCUUAUUAAGAAGAAGAUGUUGUCGUUUACACGAGUACUUACCAGCGGAAACAAAUUAAUCUCCGGCGUUGAUAAAGUUAACAUCUCUGACAGCCUGACGAUGUCGGAAGUACGGGCGCACGCAGCGACGCUCCCCGUACACCUCCCAGAUCUAUUACACACAACAAAGUUCACUAGUGGUUCUAUAUUUGUGCAAAUCUAUAUAUAUGAAAGAAAGUCGUAAAAAGUGAAACCAAAACAGAAAACUCAUUCAUUUGUAGAUAUUGCUAAUUACUUUGGAUAACCAUCCAAAAAAUAUACAUGCUAAAUAUGAUAACCAAUUUUGAUAACCUUUGCAGUGAAUUAGAAAAACAAGAGUUAGAGGCACCCAAUGGAGUGGCUUCGCCAACCACAUAUGCUCAGUUAUUGGCCAUUUAUUUGUACCAAAAUGAUUUAUGCAAUGCAAAAUUCUUAUGGAAGAGAAUACCACCAAAUAUUAUAAGCAGUAACCCAGAAAUAGCUGCAAUUUGGACUGUAGGACAGAAGUUGUGGAAAAAAGAUCUUGCCGGAACAUAUCAGGCACUUGCAAUUUACAACUGGACUGAACCAAUAUCUAAUAUCAUUAGGGCACUUGAAGAGAGAGUGCGAGAAAGAGCUCUUAAUUUAAUUGGCCGGUCAUACAGCUCCAUCUCACAUAAUACCUUGGUCUCUAUGACGGGACUCAGCAAUGAAGCAAUUGCACAAAUUUGCAAAGAACGUAAAUGGGAGCUAAGUGAGGAUGGAACUACAAUUAAACCGAUACCACCAGUUCAACCAACACCACUUCAUACAUCUAGUGAAGACCAACUGUUCAAGCUAACUGAAUUUGUGACUUUCUUGGAAAACUGAGUAAGACAAGUUUACUUUAACGUAAUGUUUAAGAAGUCAUAAAUGCAACUUUAAACGUGUUUUGGACAGUGACAGUUGUGGAAUAUAAACCAAAUUGCUUGCCUGUCUAUCUAAAUAUUAUUUAUUAAUAAAUUGGUAAUCUUGGAUACACAAUAUGUUUUGUAAUAUUGUAAUAAUUUACUUCAAUUGUGAGCAUAUCACAAUGUUCUUGAUGUAAUUACGUAAACAAGGCAGGCAUUUUGACUUCUUAGCCGUGCUUCUGGUUCAAAAUAAGUUUUAUCCUGAAUUAAAUGUGAAGAUGUACUACUCAUUGUAAUCUUAUUCACAUGUGUAAAAUGUGUACUUUCAUUUAAACUCAUAGCCACAUACUUUAAGAAAUUUCAAUAAACAUG